UGGCAAUGUCGACUUGAAAAUUCUGUCUGCUACAACGGCAUGCUUCUCUAGUCGGCGAAUAUUCUUAUGUCUCCUUAAUAGUUUUGCUUGUUUAUUUCAGAAUCGGAAAGCGUUCAAGAUCAAAUCAAAUUAAAACAAAAAAAUGGGUGAAGUUCAAACGGUGGGACACAGUGAAGUUUUUCACAAAUUAUCUGGUACAUGUCACACAGAUGUCGAGCCAGUUGGACGAUGGUUCAGGGCCUGGUGGUACCACCACCAACGUAAUGGUGCCCUCUCAGGUGAGGGACUGUCUGUGGCAGAGUCUGGCAGUCAAUCUGACGAAGAAGUGGAGUGCUCCACUGUUGAAAUUGAAGACGACGUGGAAUACCUCAGAAGCCUGGACCCCAAAGAGUGGAAAGAUCAAGAUCACUACGCAGUGCUCGGACUCAAAAAAGUUCGGAUUAUCGCCACAGAAGACGACAUCAAACGAGCGUACAGGCAGAAAGUUUUACGACACCACCCCGACAAGCGGAAAGCAGCUGGAGAGGAGGUUCGAGCUGAUGACGACUAUUUCACAUGCAUAACGAAAGCUUACGAAACGCUGAGUGUGGCCUCGAAGAGGCGGGCCUACGACUCGGUCGAUUCAGAGUUUGACGACGAUGUUCCAUCGAGCAAUGCGGCAAACAAAUCUCGUUUCUUUGAGGUCUUUAGUCCGGUGAUAGCGGCCAACGCUCGCUGGUCGGUGAGGAGCAACGUUCCGUUGUUGGGCGACGUGAAUUCAUCUCGGGAUCACGUCGAGAACUUUUACGAUUUCUGGUACAAUUUCGAAUCGUGGCGGGAAUUCUCGUACCUCGACGAAGAGGAGAAAGACAAAGGCCAAGACCGGGAAGAGCGCCGAUGGAUCGAGAAGCAGAACAAGGCGGAAAGAGCCCGUAGGAAAAAGGAAGAGAUGAGUCGGCUGCGAUCGUUGGUGGAUGCGGCUUACGCCUGCGACCCUCGCAUCCUCCGUUUCAAAGAGGAAGACAAACAAAAGAAGUUGGACGACAAGAAAGCCAAGCAGGAUGCCGUGCGAGCUCGCAAAGAGGAAGAGGAACGGAAACGACGGGAAGAAGAGGAGAACAAGUUGAGGAUCAAGCGCCAAGCGGAAGAGGCUGCCCGUGCCCGGCAGAAUGCGGCCAAGCGCGAGAAGGAGAAUGCCAAGCGGGCGUUAAAACGCGAGCGCGAGCAGUUGCACAAGUACGGCAAGCAAUUCAAUUAUUUCACCGGUGUUGUUCCUCCAACAGCAUCAGCCGCCGCUAGCCCGACCACUACUGCCCAGGAUGAAGCGGAACUCGUCAAGCGCAUGGCGGAUCUCGAUCGACUCUGCGAGCUCCUCACCACCGACGAGUUGGAUAAACUCAACAAGAAGAUGGCCGUCGUGUCGCUCGAUUGCGUCGACGAGGGACGGACGCUAUUUGACGAGGCGGUUGACGAAUUGAAUCGCCGCAUUGACGAAGAGAAACAGCAACAUUUAGGAGGCGGAUUAGCUCCUGGAGGAUCUGCUGCUUCCAGCGGCGGCGGCGGAGUCAACAGCGGCAGCAAGAAGAAAGGUGGUUCCAACCAGUGGAGCCCCGAGGAGUUGAAUUUGCUAAUCAAGGCUGUCAAUCUCUUCCCGGCCGGCACCAAUCAGCGCUGGGAAGUGGUGGCCAACUUUAUCAACCAACAUCACGGCGGCAAUCGUGCUGCCAAGGAAGUUUUGGCCCAGGCCAAGGAGCUCCAGUCUGGCGACUUUUCACGUUCGGCUCUCAAGGAAGCGGCCAAUAAAGCGGCUUACAACAAAUUCGAAAAAGAGUCCAAGGCCGGCCCGGCCGCCAGCGAGGAAUCGAUCCCGUCUGAACGCUACGAAACUCCUGCCGAGCAAUUGGGAAUCAAUUUGACUCCGUGGACGGCCGAUGAGCAGCGCUUGUUGGAGCAGGCAUUGAAAACUUAUCCGGCAUCGUUGUCUGAUCGCUGGGAAAGGAUCGCCGAGGCUAUUCCCAAUCGAUCCAAGAAAGAGUGCAUGAAGCGCUACAAGGAAUUGGUGGAAUUGGUUCGCGCCAAAAAAUCGGCCCAGGCUGCCGUCGCGCCGCCCAAGAAGUGAUAGGCCACGCCCCAUUCUUAGAAGAAGACGUCUCAAUCGAUUCUUAAUCUUUUCUUUUUCUUUUUUUUUUUUAAAAAGGUGAAAUAAUCGCCAUGAUAAUUCAAAUCAAUAAAAAAAAUUACACGUCGGAAUUUUUUCCCCCCUUCUCUUUUUAUCCACACCCCAAAAAAAGGGGUUUGAUUGAGUAGGGGGAGUGGGGGAAGGUUAUCGUGGUACAUGUGUGUCUCCUCGACUAUUAUGUUCUAUGUGUGUGUGUGUCUUGAUGAUUUUCUUGAACGUUCUUCUCUAUUUCGUUCAACUCUCUCUCCCGGGCGUCUUUUGUGUUCCCUUUUUUUUUGUUUGAACGGCGGUCGUGAACGCGGGAGGGGGGAGAGAGUCUUUUCACAAUGUACGUUGGAGGGUGUGGCACGUCAUCUUUUAUUUGCCAUGGCAAGAGGGAGGGGCGUCGGUCGUCUAGUGGACGGAAGGGGAAAUCUCUGAACGAAAAAGUCAGGGGGAAACCAGACCUCUGGCUGCUCUUAUUUAUUAUUGAAGUUAGACACGCAAUUUGUAGUUGUUUUUAUUCUGUGUGUGUGUCCUGGCCUUUUUGAAUUGUUAAUCGUCACCACGACAACUUGCUCUGUGCGGUGGGGGGGUAGCGACUAGCCUAUUUAAUAAGGUCGACUGGCCAACAGGAAUAAAAAAACGUGUUGGCGACUAAUGGA